AUGGCGCAUUUUUCCGAUCUUCCGCGUGAGCUCAGAGACAUGAUUUACAUGGCCGUCAUCACCUGGGAGCGCCAGAGGCCAGAAAUUGCGCAAACAUCUAAUCCCUGGAACUGGUACCGAACCGGUAGCUCGUCUUCAGGAUGCCACUUUGCUCUGGAGCCGCCGCCGAGCACAUGUGCCAACGUGCUUGCAGUGAACCGGCAGGUCAACCUUGAGAUGAAGCAGGCUUUGGAACGGGCGAGAAGAGCGGGGCUUGUGAUGGCACGCAUAGACUGUAUCGCAAAAAAGAUUGCGAGGCGGGAAGCGGGGUAUUACUUCACAUGGCUGUCAAUACCAAUUGUACAGAGAUCAAGGGCAGUCAUGAAGAGUAGAUGUGUAGUAAUAGCGUGGCCCAGUGUACCCGUAGUUGGCAGGCUACUUGCUUCGUCCACCCGCAAAGAGUCGAUUAGUGACUCUCCGACAUGCAUCGAGCAGCUUCAAGUUGACAUACGCCUCCAUGACCAGGACCUGGAAGACGGAGCGUACUCGGGGAGUUCGACCAUUGUCAACAUCAGCUGGGCUGUCUGCGCAGCGUUGAAGCGGAUAUGUGAUCAUUCGAAAGAGACGGAUUCAUGGGCCAGCAAGCCUCGCCAUCGACACACUCGUGCUGAAUGUCCUCCGGCCUGA